UAAGGCAGCAUGUUUAAGUGAACUUAAUCCUGAAGUGGGGGAAAUGUUGAUUGAUCAUUGCCAAUCUGAUCUAGUUAAACCUUUAACAGAUUUCACUGUUGCAAAGAAUAAUAAUAAAGCGUACACUUUUUCAAUUAAUGAAGAAGUCUUAUCUCAGAAGGUUUUGACUGUAGAUGAAAGCAAAUCAGUUUUGACUGUAGAUAAAAGCAAAUCAGGUUUGACUGUAGAUGAAAGCAAAUCAGAUUUAACAACUGAAAAUAAUGGACCAGGUGUAGAGACUAUGCAACUAACAAAUAACAAUGAUCAUUCAGUGACCCAUUUUAUUAAUUGUAAAGACAAUAGUAAUGUUGACAGUUUAGAUGAGAGGAAUACAGUAAAAAAUAUGAGUAGUGAUGAAAGUAAAUUGGAAGUUCACCUCUUGGGAAAAACAGACACUUCCUUCAUAAAAUCAAAUGGUGAUGCUGAGACUGAUCAGCAUGACAACCCUUCAUUGAAGUUAAGAUUAAAGGUGGUCAGACAUGCAAAUGUCUACAGUUUUAGCAAUAAUGCUCAGCUGCUAGGACCAUCAGAUACCAAUAAACAGAUCAGAGCAUCAGACUCCAUUGGUUGUAAUUCAAGCAAACAUUCAGAUGAAGAGAAUGAUAUAAGUAUGCAAAGUGACUGCACAGAGGCUUCACAGAUCCAGAAUCUAUGGAUUAAAGAUUUGAUAGACUCCACUGAAGAGUCAGAUAGUGACCAAACAUUUUGUUCUACUGACAUUAAUGAUUCAAUAAAUUCAGUCCCUGAUAGGCUCACAAAUUCCCCAGAUUAUGUAUCAGAUAACAAAAAUUCAUUUUUUGUUAGCAACAUAUUAAAGAGUAAUCAAACUCUAAACAGUUCACAAGAACAAACAUCCCUCUGUGUUGAAGGCAAAAGUAAGCAGUGUAUCGUACCAGGCCAGGUCAUGAGAGAAGAACCUGAAACGGCAGGUGUUAUCAAACCAUGCUAUUCCUUUGUACCACUUCGCUCUGCUGCAGUCAAAGCUAUUUCAAAAAUGAAACCAUUGCUAACAUGUGAAACAGAGAGUACAGAUUAUAAUUCCAGAAAUAACUGUAGGGGUAAAAAAUCAGUCCUGAAGCGUAAGCUGUCAUAUUCAAGCUCAAAUCAUAACACAAAUCAGAAAUCCCCAGCCAGUAGAAAACGCAGGAAAUUAUCUGAUCAAAAAUUUGCAUCAGAAAUGUCAAAGUCUGCAUACAUGUGCCAGUAUUGCAUUGACAUCAGUGAAGGUCCCUUGAAAAAAAUUAAAUCUCAUGUUCUGAGCAAACACAGUUCUAUGCCUCCAGUCGUGGUCAACAGUUUUAAGCAACGGCAUCAUAUUAAUUGUCAGUUUUUUGUAUGCCCUUAUGAUUCAUGCUACAAACUAUCAAGAACACAAGAAGAAUCUGAAGCUCACAAGUGCACACAUGAGCAAGCCAAUAUACAGCAGUCCUCACCAGAGUUAUCUGGAAAUAACUUACCAUUUUCUACUAAUAUUAAUGACAUUAAAAAGACAUCAGAUCCUAAACCUGUUCGUGCUUGCAGGGUAGAACUUAAUGUUCUAGAUAUGUCACAAAUAAAUUCUGUUGGUUCAGUGCUAUUUAUGCAGGAAAAGAAAAAAUACCAGUGUUUGUAUUGCACCAGUUAUUAUUAUGAUGAAACAUUACAAGGAAUGAAAGCACACUACUUCCAGGAGCAUGAAGGUCAACUGAUUGUCAUCAGGGACACUGAGGCACAUCGUUUGCAGCUGCCUUCCCGCAUUUAUGUUUGUGAUAACCCUCAUUGUCAACAGUUUUAUAUCAACCGAUCAGACUUAGACAGCCAUGCCAAUAGCCACAAAUCUAAUUCAACUGUUAUUUAUGAAUGUGCCUCUUGUGGCUGGUAUUCAGCAUCCCACACAGUUGCUUGCCACCAUGCAAAGACUGAACAUGCAGAUGAAGAAGCUCUUUCAUUAGUACACAUGCAAGUUUCUGUGGAUGAGUAUGGUCAGACAUCUAAAAUUAUUUUGUGA